UCACUCCUUUCACGUCAUCACAGACGGUGUGAGUGAAGUAUUCAUUUGUUUGUUAUUGAUGGCAUUAGGAGGAAUUAUCCAUUUCAACACUCUCUUCAUGCACCAACCACUAACACACUUACACCGUUUCAAGCCCCAUUUCUUCUCAACUCCACCACCCAAUUCCCCAAUUUCUCUAAAGUCAUCACCUUUAUCUUCAUCAUUCUCUUCCAUGGCUACCCAUUUCAACAUCUCACAAUUGCCUUCUUCUCCUUCUCUUUCAAUUGGACAACAUGACCUUCUCAUCGUUGGUCCUGGUGUUCUUGGUCGUUUGGUCGCUCAUCAAUGGCGUCAGGAAUAUGAGGGUAGUCAAGUUUUUGGACAAACAAUGACUACUGAUCAUCAUGAAGAGUUGGUUCAAUUGGGUAUUAGUCCUGCUUUGAAUUGGACCAAAUCCGAGCAUAAAUUUCCCUAUGUCAUUGUAUGUGCUCCUCCUUAUCAAUCCUUGGACUAUCUUGGUGAUCUUAGGCAGGCUGCAGAAUGCUGGAACGGAGAAGGUUCUUUUCUGUAUACAUCAAGUUCUGCUCCUUAUGAUUGUAACGAUAAUGGUUUAUGCGAUGAGGAUACUCCGGUCGUGCCAAUUGGGAGGAGCCCGAGAACUGAUGUCCUUCUAAAAGCUGAAAAUAUUGUGCUCGAGUUUGGUGGUUCGGUUGUUAGACUGUCUGGACUUUAUAAAGAAGGUAAAGGUGCACAUGCUUAUUAUUUAGAGAAGGGGAUCGUUGAAUCAAGACCUGAUCAUGUACUGAAUCUCAUACAUUAUGAGGAUGCAGCUUCCCUCUCCGUUGCAAUUUUGAAGAAAAAAUUUCGUGGACGAAUUUUCUUGGGUUGUGACAAUCAUCCUUUGUCCAGGCAAGAACUGAUGGAUCUAGUCGACAAAAGUGGGAAGUUCAGUAAAAAGUUCGAGAAAUUCACAGGAACUGAUGAUCCUCUUGGUAAGAAAUUGAACAACUCAAAAACACGCCAAGAAGUUGGGUGGGAGCCAAAGUACUCUAGCUUUGCUCAUUUCCUUGAGACCCUAUGAGCAACUUUUGAGUGAAAUCUUUGGAGGUGAAAUCAAAUCUAAUCAAUAUUGUCACCAUGAUGACAUUGUAAAUAAAAUAUUAUCAUUCAUUAGUUACAUAAGAGUGUUUUCUCCACCACUCUACAUGAAGCUACAGUUGAAAUUUACUUUGAAGGUGAAUACUGAACAUUGGUAAGGUAUAAUACUACUACACAAGGACAUGACAUCGUGAAUCAUUUGGAUUAAACAAAAUCAUGAAAUAUUAUUGCUUAUUUCAUGUCAUUUA